GGCUGGAGCGGCGUGCUGCGUGGUACAAUAGAAAAAAGAAAAAGAAAAAACAAGGAAAGGGCUCUCUGUCGAGAGACGAGUUUGGGCAGAGAGCAGGCUGGUUGUGGAAUUCUGAGCUGACACAUCUUUCGAGGUGAACACAGAAAACACACCUUUCCCAUCGGAGCAGGGAUACUUUGGAUCGCAGUGAUUAAGACAUUAUGGAGGCCAGUAAGGAGGUGGACACCACAAGGGUUUACCAGAAAGGUCCGGAAUUCCUUCGCAAACAAAUGGAACUGGAGAGCGAGAGCAAAGGGGGAUUGAGUGCGGUAGAAAGGCUAGCUGCAAGCAAACCAAUAUAUGUUAAGAGUCUACAGGUCGUCAACGCAACACAACUGCCAGUUAUACACAUUGGAUCAGCCUCUGUGAGCAGUAAUGGUUCUUCAAACCGCUCCAAAGGCUCAAGACGGACUGGAAAUCCUGCGGUUGAGGAGCCAGUACGUCCACCAGAACUGGACAGCGUGGUUCGACGAUCCAGCUCUAAAAAACGCCCGGAUUCCUUAUUACUUUACCGACAUAAAUGUGACCUACUGAAUGGGUCGUCGACCCGUGUGAGGAAUAAACAGAAUCUGGGAAACAGGUUACUUCGUGGCAAUGCGGAUCGAAAUUGCCACUUACUUGAAGCAACAGAUGGCACAUCAGAGGGGGACGAAUUAACUGAGGGGAUUACAACAGAACGGGUCUCAGGUGCGGUUGGUAAUCAAUCUGGGAAAUCUUUAACACAAAUUGCGCAACAACACAGCAACGCUACGGACAAAGCGGGUACAAACAGUGUUUUGAGCAAACCCAUUCACAAUAGACUGGCCGAGGUGAAGAAGAGGUCAUCCAAGGGGGUCAGCCGCUCCCACUCUGACAUCAGCUCCAGGUAUUCCAAAAACUUUGCAGAUUUUGAUGGUUUCUUCCAGUACUGCGGCCUGGAUGGCGAGAUGAUCCAGUCUUUGGGAAAGGAGAACUUUUCAGUGCACUCAGAGGAAGUGGCUAUCCGAAGAGACAGUGUCUCUACCUCCGACGGUGGCUUCUCCAGGAACAGCGGGAAUAGUGACGGGCUACUGGAGGAAGAGCUUGGGGAGAAGAUUCACCAGGGGACUUCGGUCAUUGAGCGCAACGCCAGGGUUAUCAAAUGGCUGUACAGUUGCAAAAAUGCCCAAGAGACUGGGAAAAAGUUACGAGAGCUUGAUUAACUUCUUUAAUACUUGUUUUAUUUGAAAUAGUUGCCAAAUGUUACCUUCAAUAUUAAGUGAAAUGUUGGAACUUCCUACUUCAUUGGCAUAAUCGUGAAAUAUUAAAAAAAUUAUAGCCUGUU